ACAAAAUAUUUCAAUAUUUGUAUUUUAUUUGAAAAUCACAGUAAAAAUAGUUCACCUUAAUUUUUAUAGGGAUGUAACGAUUUUCUAAUUCUAUAUUCAUUUUAUUCCUAGAUUCAACUAAUGUUUCUUAGUAAAGAUUUUAUGGUAGUAUAUUAAAAUUCAGAAAUUAUAGUAGUAGUUUUUGAAAGCAAAAAGAUGAAGUGGUUCCAUUAAUAAAAAUUUGUUUUUCAAAUAUUUACUCGUAAAUUUAGAAUAUAUAAGUCAAAAUGGGUACACAAAAGCCUGGAGAAUGGGCCAAUUCCCUCAUAGCCCGUUUCGAGGAACAGCUUCCAUACAAGACUGGGGCACAGAAUUUACACUCAAGAAUUAAUGAGGAGCAAUGCAAGGCUUGCCUUGUGCAGAUUAGUCGACACCGGUUCUCAUUAGUCAUAGCAGGUCUCACUAAAAUAUUACAGCGUGUUAAUGAACAGUACCAACCUACUAUAUCUGCUACUGUGAACCGUGAGUCGGAGAAGAGUUAUCAUGACAGCUUGGUGAUAGUGCUGGAUACCCUUGAGAUAUGUCUCAGCUCACAGCCUAAAGAUACUACCAAGUAUGAUGAGGCCAUGAAUGUUAAAAUAUUGCUGAGAGAGGUCUGCCAAUUUAUUGAUAUGCGCAAUGAGAGUGUCGUAAGUAAUACGCUAUUGAGGCAGUUAUCCAGUAAGGUGCUUUUUGCUCUCAGUCUUAAUUUUUUCAAUGCUGUCUUCAACAGAAUCAGUGCCAGGUUACAGGAAUUAUCGUCCAGCUCAGAAGAAAACCCCGAUUAUACUGAUAUAGAACUCAUUCAACAUAUAAAUGUCGAUAUUUUGAGGCUUAUACGGCUUCUUACAGAAUCCAUACAAAAAUUUAAAUUAUUAAGGAAAUCAGCUCAUAUUGUGUUAGUGACUUCAUUAGAGAAAGCAAUUUGGAACUGGAUGGACACAUACCCCCAAGAAUUCGCAGAAGUCCAGUGUCGGCCUAAUGAAGAAUUAAGUAAAUGCUGUGAUACCCUUUUUGACAUAUUGCAAGACAGUUUCUCGGACAACAAAAAGUCUAGGGUAGCCAUGUGGCCCUUGCAGAUCAUGCUUCUUGUUUUAAACCCUAAAGUUCUAGAAGAAAUAGUAAAUGCGGACAGCGGUGCACCUUGUAGUCCACGACAUACAAAGAAGAAACACUUCAUAGACUCGGUCAAGAGGGGACUGAGUCCUCAGAAUAAUUCAAAACAGAUGACAGAAGCGGCUGUAGUGACUUGCGUGAAACUCUGCAAGGCGUCCACAUACUUAAACAUUGCUGAUUCGGGCAAUGUCACUUUCGUGCUAGUCAAAUCAGUUAUAAAUGAUCUCAAGUCACUCCUUUUCAAUCCAUCCAAGUCGUACAUACGAGGCAACCUCAUCUCAGGAUAUUCAGAACUGGACCUAAUGACGGAUUGUUUCGUAUCUCUGUUCAGAAUAAUGCCACAUAACAAUGACGCGCUCAAAGUGUGUUUGAAUCUUAACACGCACAUAUCCUAUCAUUAUGUUAUUGUGAACUCGCUAUUGAGGAUUAUAAAACAGCCUAGACUACCGUGGUGGCCACAAAUAGAAUUGUUAUAUCCAAGAGCGGCAGAACUCAGAGCUAUGUUUACGGAUACACUGAAUAAAGCAACACAGGGUUACAUAGUGCAUACUCCACUCCGUAUGAUAUCCCUGUCGCUGAAGUCCAAAGAAGUUCAAUCCAAGUUUAACAAAUCUGAAGAGAUGCCGGCCUACAGGAACCUCUUGUUGUGUAUGGUGAAGCUGAUACAUGCUGAUCCUAUGUUGAUGCUAAGUAACCCAGGACGCUCUGGUGUGGAGAUACAAUCGUCGACCACUGAACUCAUCAACGGCCUAGUGUCAUUGGUACACCAGACGGGCAUGGGGGAGAUCUCCCAAGAGGCGAUGGACGCAUUGCUUGCGCUGCACCGUCCCGACAGGGUGCAUAUGUGGAACCCUGAAGCGCCUCUGAACACAUUCUGGGACAUUAGUUCGCAGGUCCUCUACAAUAUCAGUCAGAAGCUGAUCCAGCGCCAGAUCUGCAACUACCGCGAGGUGCUCCGCUGGCUGCGCGACAUCCUGACUUGUCGAAAUGAGUUUCUUGCCAAACAUAAGGAGUAUGCCAAUGUUGGAUCACAGAUACCUAUAUGCAAACAAGCGCAUAUCAAACUUGAGGUGGUGUUCUUUAUGUGUCUGUGGUCGAUCGACACGGAUGUGGUGCUGGUGGCGAUGUCGUGCUUCGCGCUGCUCUGCCAGGAGGCUGACAUACGAUGCGGCUCCGACGAGAUCACUACGCAGUGUCUGCUGCCCAACUACGCCGUCUUCCAAGAGAUCGCGCACACGUCCACCGUGCUUACCACUGCAGCCAGCCAGGAUAUAGGCAGAGGUUGUUUUUACAAAAAUAUUCACAGUUCGGCAGCGUUACUAAAACGAAUAAUGGCGUUACUGAGGAAGAUUGAACACUGUGUGAAUGGCGUGCAGCCUGUUUGGGAAGAAACAUUCCGAUGUUGGGACUCACUAUGCAAGCUCCUACAGAAAUACCCCAAAGGGCAGGGCGACAAGAUGGACGAGUGUCAGAUGGAAGCGCUGCACAGAGCUGUCGCUAAACGCAGGGUCUCGCAUCAUACCAGCAGUGAACAUGACUUUGAGACGCAGGUCCAGGAGUGGGCGAACAUCACGUCGUUCUUGUGCGCGCUAGGCGGCGUGUGCCUGCAGCGCCGCCCGCCGCCCGUCUGGCCGCAUUUGCACGCGCACGAUUCACGUAAAUAUAACGUAUUGGCGAACAGUUCACAAGAAGUGCAGUACUGUCCUGUCACACAAUUCAUCGGCCAGCUUCUAAGGUUGUUGCUCUGCAGCAACGAACGCUUCGGUCAGCAGAUACAGACUCACGUGAAGGAGCUGGUCGGUCACGAGAUGUCGCCAGCGCUCUAUCCCAUACUCUUCGACCAGAUCAAGGCGAUAAUUGACAAGUUCUUCGAUCAGCAGCAACAGGUGAUGCUAACAGACAUAAACACCCAGUUUGUGGAGCAUACUAUAUUUAUUAUGAAGAGUAUAUUGGACAACAAGAAAAGUGGACAACCCUCGGAACAUCUCAGUACCACCUCCAUCGAAGGACUCAUGCUGGCUAUAGUCAGAUAUGUCCGACACUUAGACAUGACGGUCUUGUCGGUACACAUAAAGACAAAACUGUGCCAGGUCGUUGAGGCCAUGAUGAGGAGACGUGACGACCUCGCCUUCAGACAGGAAAUGAAAUUCCGCAACAAAAUGGUGGAGUAUGUGACAGAUUGGGUACUAGGCACUAGUCACCAGAUAGCGCCACCACUGCGUGCUGACGCGUCCUCUAUCUCCAGGUAUCUAGUAUGUUGUCGAGAACUGGAUCAAGCGUGUAUGGAAGCAGUGGCAGCCCUACUCAAGGGGCUUCCUCUCCAACCCGAGGAGUCCGAUAGGGGAGAUCUCAUGGAGGCCAAGAGUCAGCUUUUCCUCAAAUACUUCACACUGUUCAUGAACCUAUUAAACGAUUGUAACGAAGUGGAACUGUCCGAGGGUCCGGGCCGGCUGGAGACGCUCCGCAACGCGACCAUACAGGCCAUGUCCAACCUGCUCAGCGCCAACAUUGACUCCGGCCUCAUGCAUAGCAUUGAUCUGGGGUACCACAGAGACCUUCAAACCCGUGCUGCCUUCAUGGAAGUAUUGACCAAGAUCCUGCAGCAAGGCACCGAAUUCGACACAUUAGCUGAGACAGUCCUGGCUGAUCGGUUUGAACAACUAGUACAACUAGUCACUAUGAUAUCGGACAAGGGUGAGCUGCCGAUAGCGAUGGCGCUCGCGAAUGUAGUGAGUACAUCCCAGAUGGACGAGCUGGCGCGCGUGUUCGUCACGCUGUUCGACGCUAAGCACCUGCUUGCGCCGUUGCUAUGGAACAUCUUCUACCGGGAGGUGGAGGUGUCAGACUGCAUGCAGACUCUCUUCCGUGGCAACUCACUGGGCAGCAAGAUUAUGGCGUUUUGUUUCAAGAUAUACGGCUAUGGCUAUUUGCAAGCAUUACUGGAACCUCUCAUCUCCUCACUGCUGGAUCAGGCUGAAGGACAACCUGAAUUGAGCUUCGAAGUAGAUCCAGCGAGAUUAGAUCCAAAUCAAGACAUCGAGGUGAAUAGAUCAAACCUAAUUGAUCUAACGAAAGAAGUGUUUGACAGAAUCGUCAAUUCAGCUGACAAAUUUCCUCCGCAACUUCGCAGCAUGUGCCACUGUUUGUAUCAGGUGCUGAGUAAGCGAUUCGCGCAGUUCCCGCAAACGAGCGUGGGGGCCGUCGGCACUGUACUUUUCCUGCGGUUUAUCAACCCCGCCAUUGUGUCACCCCAAGAAAUGGGCAUAGUCUCACGACCUGUACCGGCCCAAGUGAAACGAGGCUUGAUGCUGAUGUCCAAGAUACUGCAAAAUAUAGCUAACCACGUGGAGUUCUCAAAAGAACAGCACAUGUUGCCUUUCAACGACUUUUUGAGAGCUCACUUCGAAGCCGGCCGCAAAUUCUUCAUCCAAAUCGCGUCAGAUUGCGAGAGUGUGGACCAAACGUCGCACAACCUGUCAUUCAUCAGCGAUGCCAACGUUGUUGCUCUUCACCGCCUCCUCUGGAAUCACCAGGAGCGUAUAGGGGACUAUUUGUCCUGUAGUCGCGACCACAAGGCCGUCGGGCGACGUCCCUUCGACAAGAUGGCGACGCUGCUUGCUUAUUUGGGACCACCGGAGCACAAACCCGUGGAAUCUACUUCAGGUCUCCUGUUCUCCUCAUACGCCCGCUGGUCCUCAAUAGACAUGUCGUCGACCAACUUUGAGGAGUUCAUAGUGAAACACAACAUGCACGAGAAGGAGGAGUUCAAGAGCAUAAAGAGCUUGAACAUCUUCUACCAGGCUGGCACCAGCAAGAUCGGGAACCCGGUGUUCUACUUCAUAUCCAGAAGAUAUAAGAUCGGCGAGGUGAACGCUGAUCUGCUAAUCUACCACGUCAUCCUAACGCUGAAGCCGUUCUGUCAGCAACCUUUCGAGCUGAUUGUGGACUUUACGCACACCAACUCUGAUAAUAGGUUCAGGACCGACUUUCUUCAGAAAUGGUUCACAGUGUUGCCAGAAGUAGCAUACAUAAAUAUUCACGCGUGUUAUAUCUAUAAUUGCAACAGUUGGGUGCGCGAAUACACCAAGUUCCAUGAGGCAAUACUUGCACCGCUUAGGGGUAAUCGCAAACUAAUAUUCAUAGACAACCACAGUCGGCUCAGCGAGUACGUAGAAAGUGAACAACAGAAGUUACCAGGCGCAACCUUAGCGUUGGAGGAAGACUUGAAAGUAUUCAAUAAUGCAUUGAAGUUGUCGCAUAAGGACACAAAAGUUGCUAUUAAGGUGGGACCUACAGCUCUUCAAAUAACGUCUGUGGAGAAGACAAAGGUGUUAGGUUUGCCGGUGUUACUCAACGAUGUUUAUUACGCUUCAGAAAUUGAUGAGGUGUGCCUCGUGGACGACAACCAGUUCUCGCUGUCCAUCAUCAAUGAGGGUACUCCGCUCAGUUUUAUACACAACGACUGCGACAAUAUCGUCCAGUCCAUAAUACACAUACGCAACCGGUGGGAGCUCAGCCAACCGGACUCGGUAACAGUUCACCAGAAGAUUAGACCCAAAGACGUGCCAGGGACGCUGCUCAACAUGGCGCUGCUGAAUCUGGGGUCCUGCGAUCCUAACUUGAGGACGGCAGCGUACAACCAGCUGUGCGCCCUCACCGCCACCUUCCACCUGAAAAUCGAGGGCCAGCUGUUGGAGACGUCAGGGCUGUGCAUACCAUCCAACAACACGAUAUUCAUAAAAUCCGUUAGUGAGAAACUGGCGCACAAUGAGCCACAUCUCACGUUAGAAUUUCUCGAGGAAUGUAUACAGGGAUUCCGGGGCUCCACGAUAGAGCUGAAACAUUUAUGUUUAGAAUACAUGACGCCGUGGCUCGCUAAUUUAGUCAGAUUCUGCAAACCAUCAGACGAGUCUCGACGCCAGAAACAAGUGGCGCAGAUCCUGGAGAAACUCAUCACGUUGACCAUAGAGGAGACGGAAAUGUAUCCAUCGGUGCAAGCCAAGAUAUGGGGUUCCAUAGGUCAGGUGCCCGAACUAAUCGACAUGGUUCUGGACAGCUUCAUCCAGAGGAGUGUCAAUUCUGGUCUGGGAUCACCAAUGAUCGAAAUCAUGGCCGACACUGCUGUGGCACUCGCCUCGGCUAACGUGCAGCUCGUUUCCAAGAAGGUUAUAGGACGAAUGUGCAGGGCCCUAUCCAAACUGCCCAAUAAUAUCCUGGGUCCCGUUACCCCGGCCACUGUGGUCGAUAAAACAUGCCACUCGCCGACAGCAAUGCUGGAACAGCAUAUGAUGUGGGACGACAUAGCUAUACUAGCCAGAUAUUUGUUGAUGCUGUCGUUCAACAACUGCCUGGACGUGGCACGCCACCUGCCGUACCUGUUCCACACGGUCACCUUCCUCGUGUGCUCCGGCACGGUGUCCAUGCGCGCCGCCACUCACGGACUCGUUAUCAACAUCAUACACUCGUUGUGUACGUGCAACACGCCCAGCUUCUCCGAGGAGACACAGCGAGUGCUAAUGUUGUCUCUUGACGAAUUUGCACUCCCUAAGUUCUACCAGAUGUUCGGCAUUUCGAAAGUGAAGUCGGCCGCUGUCACCGCCUUCCGGAGCGCUUAUAACCGACACACGAGCGAUUGGUACUCGGAGCACUCGUACGCGGCGUGCACGGAAUCUUCAUCAGGCAGCGGCGUGGGGUCGGGCGCGGGUGUAGGUUCAGCCCUGGCGCCGCCAGCCGGGCCCUCCAACCCACCCACUACACCCGCCCCCCUCUCUGCGACACACACCGACCGCGAGCGGCUGCCGCUGCAGUCGCUUGAGACCAUCACCGACGCGCUGCUCGAGAUCAUGGAAGCGUGUAUGCAGGACAUACCCGACUGCGAUUGGCUCUGUACCUGGACCUCCUUGGCGAAGAGUUUUGCCUUUUGUUUCAACCCAGCACUUCAACCUCGAGCGCUCAUCGUGUUUGGCUGUAUAAGUAAGAAUGUAACAGACGAUGAUAUGAAGCAACUCCUAAGGAUAUUGGUCAAAGCGCUAGAAUCUUUCAACGAUCUUGCCCUUUUAGAAGCUUUGAUUAUGUGCCUGACGAGAUUACAGCCACUUUUGCACCCGGAAUCCCCAAUCCACAAGGCGUUGUUCUGGGUGGCGCUGUCGGUGCUGCAGCUGGACGAGCCCACGCUGUACGCGGCGGGGCUCGCGCUAAUGGAACAGAACCUGCACACGCUCGACUCGCAGGGACAGUUCGACCACAAGUCCAUAGAGCAAGUGAUGAUGGAGACCCGAGAACCGUUGGAGUGGCAUUUCAAACAGUUGGACCAUGCAGUGGGACUAAGCUUCCGGUCUAACUUCCACUUCGCACUGGUAGGCCACCUGAUCAAGGGCUACCGUCACCCACAAGCGGCUACGGUAUCGCGAACGUGCCGCGUACUAGCUGCCCUGCUGGCCAUCGCCGCGCCCGACCGCGACAAGUUCCAGCUCACCAGGGACACCGUCGCCUACCUCACGGCCCUGGUGUGCGUGAGUGAAGAGGUGCGGUCACGCUGCCACGUGAAGCACUCCCUGCCCAAGUGGUUGCCGGACAAUUGUGACCACUACUGUCCUACCGCUGAACAUCAUCAGUCAUCGAUGUUGAUCCAGCCGUCAUCGUCCCACUCAGUCUGCCAGAGUCGCCGCCAAAAGUCUUGGGACAUACUCGACCAGGCGGCCAUAUCGUCUGCACACGGAGGUAAAUCUCCCACACUACAGCAGUCUAAUAGUGGGGGUCACAGCCCUCAUUUAAUCAACAUGCCGCAUCAGACAUCAGCUAGAAUGCUUUUCAAAACUCAAAGGUCUUUCUCUGUUCCCACAUCGAAAGACACCAUUGGACCGCCAAGGGACAGCGAAGGGCGUGCGCACAGCAUGCAACACGGCGCCACGGGGGAGGCGGCCAGGGCUGAGCAGGGCGGUGAUACUGAUAGCGGUCUCGAUGUGGUAGAAGACGACGGCCGGAUUUCGCCGAGCAGCACGGACGAUGUCAACGAGCGGCCGCCGUCCACGAAGUCAGGUGACAGUGACUACCCGGACACGUCUACUAAGCAAGCGUCAACAGAUAAAGACACGAGCAGCCCAGAGAGCAACAGCUUGCUGGACCCAUCGGUGCUGUCUGAUUCCACCACGCAAGCCCUGGUGCUGACCGUACUCGCCACGCUCGUCAAAUAUACCACCGAUGAGAACGAGAUAAGAAUACUGUACCAGUACUUAGCGGAGGGUUCCGUCGUGUUCGCCAAAGUGUUUCCAGUGAUUCACAGCCUGCUGGACAUGAAGAUCAACCACGUACUGAUGCACUGUCACGAUCAGGUCAUACUCAGCGCUGUACAGAGCAUCAUACAGAACAUGAUAGCGUCAGAAGACCCAAGCCAACAACAACUUCACUACAUGCAGAGCUGUGGUUUCGGGGGACUUUGGAGGUUUGCUGGACCCUUCACCAAGAACCAGUGCACGGCGGAGAGCAGCGAGCUAUUCGUGAACUGCCUGGAGGCGAUGGUGGAGACGUGCCUGCCGGGCGGGGACGAGCCGCUGGCGCGGGCGCCGCCGCCCGACCCCGACGGGCCGCACCCUGCAUCCCACGCCUCCCACGCAUCCCACGCAUCCCACGCAUCGCCCGGCCUCGCGCUCGAGGCGGACACGCAUCGCUAUGGUGUGCAUCGUCAGCCUACACUCUACUGCUCGGGGCCGGACACAUAGCGAAAACGUAAAACUCGGGAUUUGGCAGUUAACACACUAUAAACCGACGAGCUAUUCACCAGUGUCACUGUGUUUUAGUACAUCACCAUUAGUAUGCAUAUAGUUUCGUUACAAUCCAGUAUUGGUAUCCACCCACCUUUCCCUAUAGCUCAACAACUUCGUCCACAGCACUCCUGCGGUGUGACAAAUGCUAAGCUGUCCAAACUUAGUGUUUCCAUGCUACACAAUACAUUCUCAUUCUCAUCAGGGUGUAUCAAAUAUGAAGUUGACGAACUAUAACAACCUGCUAUUGAGAUUACAAUAAUUUUAAUUUAUUUAAAUAUUUGAUAUCGGCAUUGUCCAAUACUUCUGACAGAUUUCUAAUAAUAGUGAUGUACCCUAGAUAUCUAUAUAUCGAUAAAUAGGAGAUACUAAAUUACUACAACUACUAAUUUAGUAAUGAUGGCGCCAACUAAUGUUAAGAGUCUCUAGAUCGCAUAAUAAUCCUUCCUGCAACCGUUGUAUAUACAGUGUGGGAACAAGAUGUUUAGCAUCCUUUUAAGGAAUUGUUAUACUAGUGAAAUUGACUGUCGACUCAGUGUUUUGUUUUUUUUUUUUACAAUUUUUUUUUUUAAUUCGUUUAAAGGAUGCUAAAGAUUUCAAUUUCACUCUGCACAAAUGCGGGUAUAGAUAUGUUAACAAAUACAUCACACAAAGCAUGCAUUUAACAUGUGUAUUUAUAUAACUCGAAUAAUUUAUAAUUAAUUAAUUUUGAUGUCUAAAAUGACGUAAGCAUGCUAAUUGACUGCAUAAUUAUAUUAAUAUGUAGUGUAAGUAUUAAAAAAAAAUAACAUCACAGUAAAUAUAAAAAUGUAGAAUUUAUUGAAUUGUGAAAAUGUUUAGAUAUUUGUUCCAUAAUCACGCAUAAUAGUUGAACUGAUUUGCAUGAAUUUUGACACACGGAUAGGUUGUAACUUAAUCGAUAUUAAUAAAUGGUGUUAUAUUCGUGUAUCAUUAUCUCGGAAACGCAUUCUCAUCGGUAAGUAUACAGUAAAAGUCAUCACAGCCAAAUUCCAGUCAUAACUGUUAUUAAUUAUGUAGUAACGUACCGAGAAUGAUAUUUGCCAAAUAAUACCGUUCAUUUUAUUAUUCAUUUUCAGCUUUAGAGUUCAUACUAGUCUACUAGUUUUGAGGAGGUAUUGAUGUGUAGGGAAAAUUUAACAUUAAAUAUUUAUUGUAAUUAUUUAAGUCAGCUUUAUUCACGUUUUUUAAAUUUGAGGGUGCCCAUCUAGUUUCGAACUCAACUGCCGUUAACCGCGCUCAUGAAUAAGGGCUCCUAUUAAGUUUGAAACUAGUUUGGCAACCUCGAAUUUAAAACGUUGACUAAAGGCGAUAUAAAUCGUUACAGUACAGCAUGACUCACGAUAAUUAUAUUUAAUAAAAACUAUCGUAUUUAUUUGGUUUCAUCACCACUCCAUCUCAAUAAGUCACAGAAAAUCUAUGUGAAUAAUUUAAGACGCUGUUCCAUAAAAAACUUAAACACGAAGGUAAACUUUUUUUUAUCAAAGAUAUUUAGAAUUCAUGUGAUUUUUUUAAAUUAUUUCAAUAGAUGUUCUGUAUGAAGUCAUAUACCGCCUCAAAAUUUUUCUGUAAUACAUUUUUAAUACAUUUACAAUUUCGAAAUCAGCAAACAAGUUGUUAACAUAAUAGGUUAGUUUAUUAAAUUAAUUGCCUAUAAUAAACAAAAACUAUUAGUACAAAUUAAUUUAGAAUUAUAUUUUUAUGUAUUUACUUUUGUUGUCUGUCCACUUAUAUGUAUUUUUUACAUUUUUUGUAAAUAAUAUACAAGUAAUAAACUCAUGAGUUAGUAUAUGGAUUUUUACAAGUACUAGUAAUUAUGUUUAAGAAUAUUUUAUUUAAAUGUGCUUUUUUUAUAAUUUAUUAACUUGUAGACGUAAGUGAAAAUGCAAUACCGUAGAAAAAAUAUAAUUUGAACGUAGCAUGCAUCUCAAGACAUGUAGCGAACAAAUUUAUCGAUUCAAUAGAUGAAUUUUAUACCAAUAGGUGAGAUAUAACGAGAUGCCGGAUGUUGCUGUCUUAUUAUAUCACAUGUAUACAACAGCAGAAACGUAUACAUAGAUUCGAUAAACACUCAUCUAAAGGGAAAAUAUUUAGUCCACAUGAUUUUUUCAUGAUGCCAUAGAGUUAUUUUUUAUCAUUGUACGUCUGUAUAGCAUGUGAAAAUUUGUUUGAAGGCCCAGACGAGAAACAAUCUUCGGCGUGCAUCUUAGUUUGGUGUGUUAAUUUCUUUACAGAAUUUUGUUCAAAUUGAAAUAAAGGAUAAAUUGUUUCUCGUCUGCACAGGUCAUGCUUAUUUAAAUGUGUAAACGUUAUUUUACAUGUCAUGCAAUGUCUAUGCAAAUGUCCCUUAAUUGCCAGAGUUGUGAUGUAAAGAAAGUUUUAAAUAAUUUACACUUGAAAGCUGCUUUCAUGCACCGUUUAAGUUAUAGUAAAAAUAAAAAUUAGGGACUAAACUAUACAGUUCGCGACAGGUUGAUUUAUGACUUGCUCUGAAUGUGAUAUUUUUCUAUUUUACUUAUUAUUUUAUUGAACACACAUCACAAAUUGAAACCAAAAUAUAAAAUGCUUUACAUAUAAGUGCAUAUAUU